CCGUUCCAAUUCCUCAUCUUCAAUUCCUAUUUCCAUUUCUAAAUCGUUUCCCAAUUCAGAAUUGCACCUAUUUGGAUCAAACAUCGUGAUCUCUUAUCAUAAUUGGUGUAGGUACUUAUUACUUAUAUCAUCAAAUCAUCAUCACUUAUUUACAUCUAUAUAGGUAUAUACCUAGGUAAUCCCUUUUUCUCACGCUGUCUUAUAACUUAAUGCAGCUAUCAGUAAACAAGUAUACAUAAGUACAAAGUUACAAAGACGCAGUUUACACAUCACGUAACUGGUUUAUCGAGUACAUUCUUAGUGCCACGAACCACUGCACGGCGGCAGGUUCACUAAUCAGUCAGUCGUAUUUUCAUAAAAAACAUAAUGAGUAAUUGUGACGAUCGUAUAAAAUUGCUUACCAGAAAGCGUGGUAGCAUAAAAGCUAAGACGGAUCUGGAGACUCUGUCGGAGGUACCCGACGAGGCGUUCGGCGAGCGCGAGCAGUUCGAGCAGCUGUACUACCAGCUGGUGGCGGAGGCGCGCAGUCUGCUCAAGCGCAGCAGCCUGCCCGCGCUGCCGCCGCCUGCUGAGGAGGGGUCGGAGGCAGGCUCCAGUGCACCACACGUUAAGGCCGUGCACCUGGAGCUUGUCACCGAUCUGUCUAAGGAAGCAUUCUUGGCUGCGCUGGCUCGCUUCACGGCUCGUCGGGAGAUCCAAAUGGAGAAGCUCCAGAGGCCAGCUGCAAGAAGGAGACCUGGUUCUACUGAAGGACGCCUCACAACCUCCACUCCUAUGGCUCAUGGGACGCGUCACUGCCAUCGAACCAUCCAGCGACGGCCUUGCAAGAAUUGUCCAAGUCAACACGCGAAAAGGACUGUUACGCCGAGCAUAUCAAAACUUGUGCUUACUACCUAA